GUAGCCAGUAGCUGUUCUUGGCCGUCAUGGCUUUCUUGUCUUUUGUUUUCAGUAAAAUCCACGUGCUUGACCAGAUGUUAAGCCUGGCAUUGCCAUGAAUAGUUGCCAUCUCUAAUCAUCUUAAUUGCCUGUAAUUCUCAGAAUUUGUUAGGAAAAAAUGUGGUCGGAUUUGCCUGAGCAUUUGAAGGAAAGAGUAAUGGAAUCCCUGCCAGUGGACUGCUUCUUUCGUUUCAGGGCUGUUUGCAAGAUCUGGAAUGCUCUGUUGUCAUCAGAGCACUUCAAUUCCAUGGCAAGGAAUAGCCAGCCGUUUCUCAUUCUUUGCCCUUUCAAAACCCAAAGGCCAGCCCUAAUCUAUUCCUUCUUCACCCACACUUGGCGACCCAUUUCUUUAUCUUUCAUACCUUAUGUUUGCCCUCUCAAUAUUGGGGGAUCUGCUUCAGGGCUUCUAUUGGUAGACAUCCAAACCAAUCCCUGGUUUGCCCGAACUUCUCCAGUGCUAUAUGUCUGCAACCCACUAAGCAAAACAUGCUUAAGGCUGCCUGGAAUGGCUUGUGUGAGAAGCAUUAUGGCCAAGACUAUUGCACCAGUGGGGGCUAAAAGGGAUGAAUAUAAGGUCAUGGUGAUAGGCAGGAGCAUCAGGGAUAUGGUUUUCUUAGAGGUGUAUAACUCAGCCAGCAAGUCAUGGAAAUUUGCAGGCAGGAUUCCUGAUGUGGUUAUAAGGAAUGAAAGCAUGAUCUACUCCAAGGGCUGUUUGUUCUGUAUGAUUGAUGGGGGCAUGAUGGCCUACAAUAUUGAACAGGGGAUCACAACAGUUGUGGCCAUGCCCACAGCAGGUGCACACAAUGUGUGGCCUCGAUUGAUUUGCUGUGAAUCCCGAGUGAUUGUAGUUGGGGCAAUCGAAGAGAAUUACAGUUUGAAGGGUGUUAUUAUGUGGGAGGUGGUUUUUCAUGAUGAAAAGAUGAAAAAUUAUGUGUGGGAAGAGAUUGUGAAGAUGCCCGAUUCUCUAUUUGAUGAAUUUAGAAGAUGCUCGAAUUUAGGUUGGUUUCAGUGUGGGGGAGUGGGGGAUAAGAUCUGUUUGAGAGCAAAUGUAAGCACUGAAAUGCUUGUAUACGAUGUGAGUCGAGGUUCCUGGAGUCGGGUGUUCAAUUUUCCUGCGGAUUUGAGAUAUGUGAGCAUGAGAUAUCUUCCAUUGGAAGUUAUGCCCAAUACCAGACUCUCUUAGUUUGUAUGGUAGGAGAGUCAAAAUCUGAAUGAAUCAGAUGAGCCCAGGGAAAUAUGGGGACGGUACGUCGGUAAGCCACUAUGAGAAUUUUUUCAUAUUUUAUUAAAGAUUGAUUCUUGUAUAGUCUAGGUGUUUUCUAUAUGAGUUUAACAAGUGGUUUAUAGUAAUAUGGGACUAUUCUGUAUUUCUUGCGGGAUACACUUAACUGUGCUACAAAUGAGGCAUACAUACCUUACCUCUUAUGGAAUUUGAACUUGUGACCUCUCUUUCAAGAGCACAAGUUCUCUCAAUAGAUGUUUAAAGUGAUGUACAUUAAUUAAAAUUAGAAUAUAUUAAUAAAAUAUGAUCAAAGAUGU